GUAUAAAUGCGCAGCCUUGACGUCGACGCACGGGUAGCCUAUAAAAGAGCGCCCGGGCUGCGAGCGUGGAUACUGGGAGAGUAUAAGAGGAGUACACAGUCGCAGCUGACCGCUGCUUAGGGGCCACUUUCUCCUCUUCUAUCAGUCUGCUUCUACAAUUUCUUUUUUUGGAAACUCUCCCACUCUGUUUCCACUCGGACCCCGCUUUCCCCUUCCAGACGAUUGAAUUCCUUCAGGGUCCAGCCUAAUUGUUUGAGCAAGUACCCAGCAGCGCGGGUAGAACGGGCAGCGGCCGCAGCAUGGAGCCGUACACGGUCCCGGGAGCUCCGCUCUCCCUGUCCGACCUUUACUCAGUCAUCCCCUUCAACGUCACGUUCCCGGACGAGGAGAACGGCUUGAUGGGCGAGCGGCUGCAGAACUACACCGGGCAGCGGGCUCCGGUGCGGAGCGCCGGGGGUCUGAUCAUACCCAUAUCCAUCACGGCUCUCUACUCCGUCAUUUGCGUGGUGGGACUUCUGGGCAACGUCCUCGUCAUGUACGGGGUGGUCAGAUACACCAAGAUGAAGACGGCCACAAACAUUUACAUUUUCAACUUGGCUCUUGCCGACGCCUUGGCCACCAGCACGCUGCCCUUCCAGAGCGCCAACUACCUCAUGAACACCUGGCCAUUUGGGGAAGUCCUGUGCAAGGUCAUUAUUGCCAUCGACUACUACAACAUGUUCACAAGCAUCUUCACCCUUACCAUGAUGAGCGUGGACCGCUACAUCGCCGUGUGCCACCCAGUCAGGGCACUGGGGUUUCGGACGCCAGUCAAGGCUAAGUUGAUCAAUGUGCUCAUCUGGGUCCUGUCCUCUGCGAUUGGGGUGCCCAUUAUGAUCUUGGCUGUGACCAAAGUGGCAGAUAAUGGUAGAAUCAUGUGCACGCUGAAGUUCCCUGACCCUGACUGGUACUGGGACACUGUGACAAAGAUCUGUGUCUUCAUCUUUGCCUUCGUGGUUCCUGUGAUGGUCAUCACCAUAUGUUACGGCCUGAUGAUCCUGCGCCUAAAGAGUGUUCGUCUGCUCUCAGGCUCCAAGGAGAAAGACCGCAACAUGCGGCGCAUCACUCGCAUGGUCCUGGUGGUGGUGGCGGCCUUCAUCAUCUGCUGGACCCCCAUCCACAUCUUCAUCAUCGUGAAGACCAUGGUGGAGAUUGACAACAGAAACCCCUUCGUCAUAGCCAGCUGGCACCUGUGCAUUGCCUUGGGCUACACCAACAGCAGCCUCAACCCUGUCCUCUACGCAUUUUUGGAUGAAAAUUUUAAGCGGUGCUUCAGGGAUUUCUGUCUUCCCUGUCGGACCCAUGUGGAGCAGCACAGUCUGACCACAGGCCGCAACACCGCCAGGGAGCCGGUGUCUGUCUGCGCUCCAACAGGAGUGGGGAAGAAGCCGGCAUGACUAGGCAUGGAGUGGGUCCCCCAUAGCUCUCGCUCGAGGAGGAUCCAGCAAGAUCUGCAAUCAGAGAUAACCCAGAUCUCCACAACAGAGUUUUAAGAGAUCUAAACGAGUAAAAGCUGGUCUCAAGGAACUGAGUCGUGUCGCUUAUUCUCAACAAUUUGGCUGACUGGACAUUUAAAGGAAUAGCUAAAUAUAAUGGAAAAAAAAGUUACACUCUGAUCUUAACUUUGUAGUAAAGUACAAUGGAAUCUUUUUUCUUACAAAGGCAGUGACAGUAGAUAGGGUGAUAGCCCAAAGAGUAUAUCCAAAUGUUGAAGCAAGAUUAUGAAACAGAACAUCCCCAGCUCAUCAUGAUUUAUCUGCCCAAAAGGACCCGAGUACUGGACUUUUUGAUGAUUUAAAAAAAGGACACCUGCAGGUUUCUAUCUUGUCAAGCAAAGAAAGCAUUGUUCAGACACCAUCCAUCAGAGAGCAUUGUAAAA